CCAUAGAUCUGAUUCAGGAGUUUAUGUAUUAUUAUUUUUAAGUUAUGAAAUGCAGACAAAAUGAAGGCGAAAUUCAAAUGAAAUGAAUGAAGUGGGCCUGCGAGUGGGAGUGGGCGUGGCUAUAUAUACACAACCACCCCUUCAUACCAAAAACUAUGCCAAAAUAAGGCCUUAAACCCAAUGGCGUCCUGAGAACUCAGUACACAAACCAAACGACGUCCCUUGCUGUCGUUUUACCCAUUCCCAUUCCCAAACCCCCCAACCUUUUCCAGAUUCCCGAUUCCGAUUCUUAUUAUGUCAUAAUGGCGAAGGGUCGCAAACUCACAACUAGCCGUAGCGAAAGGUUUCUCGGUAGCAACGCCUAUAGCUACGGUCACAGCCAGGGAUCCAGUGGUACCGAUUCAUCCGAGCUCGGCGAAGACGAUGUCUGGUCCAUGGUCGAAACUUCAACGGAUCACAUGGUCGAUCAUCACUCCAACGGAGAUUGGAACCCUUCCGAAGCUUCAGUCUCUGCCACAGCCGAAGCCAUGGCUACUAUGUCAAUCCGUAGCCGGCGCCGAAUCCAACCCGAGGGUGGGUUGUCGUUGGCUUUUGACUCGAGUAAGACCACAACGACGUCGUCUCGAAUCCUCCACCAGUUCCGUGGAAACGACAGCGUUUCGUCUUCCCCUAGGGGUCACCAAUUGGCCACGUCACUCCCCGUGAACGUACCGGACUGGAGCAAGAUUCUCCGAGUUGACUCGGUCGACUCGCUUCACGAGUUGGACGAUGGGGUGGAGGAAUACGAGUCCGAGAUGGUCCCACCGCACGAGUACUUGGCGCGUGAGUACGCGUACAGCCGAAAACCGGCGGCGACGUCGGUUUUCGAAGGCGUGGGUCGGACUCUUAAGGGACGGGACAUGAGCCGGGUUCGUGAUGCGGUUUGGAGGCAGACCGGUUUCGAUGGUUAAUAAAUUGGAAAAUAAUAAUUAUAUUAAUUAAUUAAAUUUAUUUAGAGAAUUAAAAUUGAAGAGCGAGGGAAUCGUAUUUUAUAAAAUAUAUUAUUAUUUAUAAAAUUAAUUUAUGAAUUUUGUAAGGGAAUGGGUUAUGGGUGGGUGUAACAAAGAGACCAUAGAUGGGUCAUGGAAGAGGUUUGUGGAAAUGGGCAAUUCUUUUUCUAGGGCAAUGAUUCACCUGAGUUCACUCGGUCGCAAAUGAGCCCAAUUAUGAUUCUGAAUUUCGACUUGAGCUCCACUCUUAUAUUAAUUUGCUAUGGAGUUUUGAGAAUUUUUCGAUUCCAAUUUUCUCGUUUCUUUCUUUACUGUAUAAAUAGUUUUCUUUUUUAUUAUAUUUAUUUUCUAUGUCCACUACGAAUCUUAAUGUUCUGUACCUAUUUCAAAAAAAGAAUUGGAAGUCUUGAUAAUCAUAUAUAGACUAUCGAGUGAGAAUAAAAUUUACUCCUCAAUUUUUGUGAUUUA